UUUUUUGACGAGUUCAUGGAGGAAGUCUUGAGCUGUUGUCAUAGUAAUGGGCAAAGGAAACUUUUGUAUGGUGAAAAAAAGUCAUGAAGCAGGCCAUGAAGUAAUAGGAAGGUUCAGGGUGCUGAACGUUCUGCCAACAAUCGAUUAAGGUUUAAUUUUUCAGAAUGCAUAAUGGUUGCGCGACUUAAGGAAUUUCUGUGAAUUACAAUGUCAAGCAAGAAGUCAGGAAAAGCCCGGAGAAUUGGCUCCACCCGCAAAGAUUUGCGUGGUCUGGGCAGCCAGAUGAGGGACAAAGAGGCAGACGUCUUUGCCACCCUGCUGGAGGAAUCAAGGACCUUGGAACAUGAAUCAGCAACCACAGGGGGAGAACCAAAGCCUAUGGAGGAGCAAUCAAGACCCAUGGGAGAAGAAUCAUGGACCACAGGGGGAGAACCAAAGCCUAUGGAGGAGCAAUCAAGACCCAUGAGAGAAGAAUUACGGACCACUGGGGAAGAACCAAAGUCUACAGAGGAGGAAUCAAUGGCCAUCGGGGUAGCAUCAUGGUCCAUGGAGAAAAACUCUAGGACCACAGGGGAGAAACGAGAGGUGGACUAUAAACUAGAAGAAAGUUCCCUGUCGGAGAGAACAGCAUCUUUGUUGGCACUCGCCCCAUCACAUGACCCUUACUCUGCUGGCACACCUCACCUGGAAUCUAAGAAGAUGGAGAAAAAAAAGAAAAUGGGGUCCACUCGCAGAAAGCUUCCCACAGAUUUGGAAGAACACAGAAGGGAAGGGUGGGAUGGUGCAGAGAAAGAGGAAUGGCAUGAGGGUGGUAAGCAUGUAGUGGAUGACCAGGCUGUAAGCACGACAGCCCAACCAUUAGGAGAGUUACACACAGAGCCACAAAAGGCAAGUGAGUGUCUGGAAGGAAGGGAAGAAUCUACCAUCACAGGAAAACAGCAUGCAUUCCACGUUUUAGACAUAUCCACUAUUGAGAACAAAUCAGCUGAUUCUCAGUUUUACCCUCAAAGUAUGUACAGUGAAGAAGCUCAAAAGAAUAAACAAUCACACAUAACCAAUGAAAGCAACUUGAUUAUAAAUUUAGACCAAUCAGAAGGGAAGCUUACUGAUGAGGACACCUAUGAGAGGGACCUGCUUCUCAGACAACUUCAAUCAACAGACAGUGGUCAACUGGGCCAUGUUGAUGCUGCUCUACAGCUGCCAAAAUCAGAAAGAAGCACUCUACAUGAGGACAGCAAACAUGAAAUGGCUCAUUUUGAGCAUAAAAAGAGGAAGAUGGGUUCUACACGUAAGGGGGGGCAUGCCUUACAAAUAAAAAGUGACAGGGAACAAGAGAUUGAUAUUUUACCUGAGGAGAUGUUAAGAAGCCCUGGAGACUCUGUGGACGUAUGUGUGCUACAGGGCAAAGAUUCACAAGAGAAAAGCAGACCUGAUGUGAUACAGUAUAUUAACAUGGAACAAGUAAAAAAGGAAAGUUCGCUGGAGAUGGAGGAGAACAAGGAGGCAGAGGCGUUAACGGGAACCAGUAGAGAUAAAGAACAGGAGAAACACAAAAGCACAAGAGAAACAAAUGAGAAAUAUACAAAAUCAGGGUUGUUGGGCACAGAUAUGGUUGACAACAGGGAGACACAGGAAGCAACAGCAACAGAUAUUGUUGAGGACAUUUCGGUAGACAUGGAAGGGAGGGAGAUAGAUAGAUCAAGAGGCACAGGCAUAGCUGAGGAAAAUAUGAAACCAGAGGUAAGAGAAACAGAUGUGGUCACAGAAAUUAGAGCUCCAGGAUUAGGGGGAACCGGCAUGUUUGACAGAGAGACAGAGGAGACAACAGGAACUACAAUUCUUGAAUUCAACGAGACUCACAGACUUAGAGAAACACACAUAUUAGAAGACAAUGUGGCACAAGAGAACCAAGGAACAGAUGGAGGACAAAGAGAUGAGGCAGAGAAAGAGAGUGUAACAGAUGUCAUUCUGGAGGUAAAUGUGAUGAAGUAUGAAGGUGCAAGCAAUGAGAAAGAGAGUACAAAAGAGGAAGAAGGAGAUGGUGCACAGGCAACAGGAGAGAAUUGGAGGCAAACACAGAUGAUGCAGAUUGACUUAAAUAUGUUAGAGUCAUUUUCUUUGGAAAAGUAUGAGCAAGAAGUUACAGCCUCAGAAAGAGAGAGGAAUUCACCAUUAGAGAACCCCUCAGUGGAGAGUUUUUCAUUUCAAGAUGAAUCCAAAACCUUUAUUCCAGAGGAACAAGUAAAGUUCACUCCAUUUGAGGAUCUGCUGGAACCCUGCAAGAAUAGCCCAUUCUACAACUCAACCCAUAUGGAAGCACCAUCUACAGAAGUUCUACAAAAUUUUAUAGCGCCCCAAGAAUGGGAACACUUAGGCAAAAAAAUUAAGACAGAAUCGACUCAUGGGAAUGCAACAAAAAAUAAAAUGGAGAACAGAAGUAAAGGGGCAGGUGAUGAUCGAAGUGAAUUAGAAGAAAUAAGAGCGGAAAAGAUAGAUGUGAAGCUGGAGAGAGAGGAGAAAGAGACCAUCACUGAGAAACUGAACACCAUCCUGAGGGACACAGGGGUAUUAAAGGAACUUGAUAUACAGGAAGGUGAUAAAAGCAUGGCAGAGGAGAAGCAAAUUCCCCUGGUAGUAGAGGAGGUCAAAGGAGAACCAGAGGUAAAUAUGGCAGGAGGAAUCAAGGAGAAUAAAUGGAAGUUAGCAGAAGAGGGAGACAUAAAAAUGAAAGGGACAAAUAUUGCAAUGGAAGAAAGUGUAGCGGUCUCUCAGGAAUUCUCCAAAACAGAAACCACAGACUGCAAUAAGGAUGAUUCUAGCUACGUUUAUGAUCCUUUCAAUAAUGUGUCAGUAGAUCCAAUAGUAACUGACAGGACUGCCACCAAUACCCUGUCAUUGGAGAUGAAUCAAAAAUCUGAUGAGAGCUCUCAGAAAGAUUCCACCCGUAUGCAGAAAAGGAAAAAAAUGGGCUCUUCUCGCAAGGGAGGCAGGGGCCUACACAAGGAGACAGAAAAGAGUGCAGGGUUCAGCAACAUAGAUGGGUUAGAAGUCAGUGAGCAACAAGGGGAAAGAGAAGAGGAAAAGGCAACAGAGGUAAAGCAAAAUGUUAUAAAUGUGGUGAUGGAGAUGACAAAAGAGGAAACAAAAAUCAGUAUGGCGGAGGUGACAUCAAAAAGCAAGCACGAAGUCAAGAUCACAAACGAUAACAGCGGAGCUGAAGACUUUGAAAGCCAACAGAGUGUAACUGAGGAUCCUACAGCAACUAAUGUUGUAAAGGGCUUUGAACAGCAUGAGGACUACUCAGACAGAGCAUCCAGCAGGAGUGAGAAAAGAAGAAAGUUUGGUACCUCUCACAGGAGAGGCAGGGAAAGGCUUAAAGAGAAGGAGAUACAGGAAAUGGCAGAGACUGAAGUGGAAACAAUGUCUAUGGACAAUAAGGAAUCUGCUACUGAUGAAGUGAUGAAAUCAUUGCAGAAUGAAGAGAGAGAAUGUGGGAAUGAGAAAGCAGAAAGGAAGAGUGGAAGUGGCAGUGACAAAUCACUUACUUCCAUGGGCGUCAUCCCAAAUUUGCAGCGGCCCGAGAACUUAGCCAUUACCACACAACAGGAAUGUUCAGGGUCGCAAGACACAUUUCUGCCAGCAGCAAGGAGGAGAAAAAUGGGAUCCAGACGCCAGGGACAGGAUAGUCUGAGGAAGCGAGACCUGGGCCUGGAGCAGCCUGAGGGCAGAACUGCAGAGGCACAUAUAAAUACUGCUGCCCUUCUGCAGAGGAUGCAGGAAAUUUUCCAUCAGCCUGAUGUUGAGGAGAAGGGCUGCAUCACAUGGGAAAAUGUGCAGGGCCUGAGCCAUGAGCUUGGUCUCAGCAUUGAGGAAGUUCACCAGGUGUUCCAGCAGCUGGAUGGGGACCAGGAUGGCCUGGUGACUCACCAGGACCUCACUGAAAGCCUCGAAUCCUGCAAGCAAGAACAGUAUUUCCAAUUCAAGAGGGAAUAUUCUGGAACCCACAGCUUGGGUACCUCGGGUGUCCAAGGCAAAGCAGAUUUUGGGGUCAGACCAUCCAUAAAUGAGAAGCUCCUGACUGGGUCAGGUCUUGGUCAGGCCGACCUCCACUUGAGAGAGGGGCAGGCACUCUGGGAGAAGAAGGGAACCCAGGCCAGGAGUGAGGAUACAGGGUCAAUGAGCAGCUGGAGUCCACCAAUAUCAGGCCCGGACCUACUAUACAACAUAGUUCUGGUUGGCAGCAGCAGUGUAGGCAAGACCUCCUUCAUGAAACGCAUCCAGAGUGGGGAUUUCACCCUGGACCACUGUGCCACGAUUGGUCUUGACAGCUGUAUCCAGUCUCUGGUGGUGGAUGGUAGACGUGUCCUUCUACAGCUGUGGGACACUGCUGGACAGGAGAGGUACCACAGCAUCACUAAACAGAUCUUACGCAAAGCCCAGGGACUGCUGCUCAUGUACGACAUAACUUGCAUUGAUAGUUUCAACAGUGUCCAAUACUGGAUAUCCUGCAUUCAGGAAGGAGCCACAGAUGAUGUCAUCAUUAUGUUGCUGGGCAACAAAAAUGACAGCUUCAAACGAGAAGUCCCUCUCCAUGAGGGGGAAAGAUUAGCCAAGGAGCACAGAAUUAAGUUCAUGGAGUGUAGCGUUGCCACUGGAGAGAAUGUGGCGCUCUCGAUGGAAACUUUGGCCCGGAUGCUCAAACAGCAGACGGAUCAGAAGGAAGAAGCACCAUUGAUAUUGCGCAAGGAGCAGCCGAAUAAAAAAUCAGGCUGCUGCUGAUUCGCUCAUAGAAAUGCCAUCCAAAGCACACAGCUUCUUUUAUAUUGUUCACAUAUCUAUAUAAACAAAUUAUAAAGUGCCAUAUAAUUCAGGUUUUUUUGCCAUGGAAAACCACAGAAAUUAGCCAAAGAUUACAAACAAAUGGGACAUUUACAAAAUCCUACUGUGAGCAUCAAAACAUAACUGUACAAAAACUAUGUGACUAUGAAAUAUGUAAAUAUAUUUUCUGCUGAUAACAGUAACAGUGGCCAAGAGGAAGCCACCAAUCUUGGCCCAAAGGCUCAUGUUUGCAAUUCAUAAAAGCACAAUUAUUGCACAAUUAUUCUGCCAUGUUCACUAUUAAAAUUUAUUAAUGCCUUAAGAAAUGGGUCAUUGGCUUUCUUGCAGAAAUGAGUAGAAGCUUAUCUAUAGCUCAUUGAAGCAGUCAGUACCUCCAAAGAAAUGCCAACAGGGCUGUACGUGUUUAAUAUGCUGUUAUUUUCUAAAACAGACCUGAUACUCUAUGAUACUUUUGGUAGGAUACUGUAAAUGGAGAAUUACUUUCUUUCAUGCACUUUUAUAUCUGUAAUUUGCAAAACAUUUCUCAGCUUUAUGUAAUACUCAAAACAAUGUACAUAAAAAUAUGUAUUAAACAAUAAAAAAAAAAAAAGUGUACUUUUUUUAAAUAAACCUGCCAUACUUGCA